AUGGCGGCGACGGCGGCCGCGGUGGCGGCGGAGGAGGACACGGAGCUGCGGGACCUGCUGGUGCAGACGCUGGAGGGCAGCGGGGUCCUGAACCGCAUCAAGGCGGAACUCCGGGCGGCCGUGUUUCUGGCGCUCGAGGAGCAGGAGAAAGUCGAGAAUAAAACUCCUUUAGUCAAUGAGAGUCUGAAGAAGUUUUUAAAUACGAAAGAUGGCCGGCUGGUGGCUAGUCUGGUGGCAGAGUUUCUCCAGUUCUUCCAUCUUGACUUCACCUUGGCUGUUUUCCAACCGGAAGCUAGCACGUUUCAAGGUCUGGAAGGCCGAGAGAAUUUAGCCCGGGACUUGGGCAUUAUUGAAGCGGAAGGCACUGUGGGUGGACCCUUGCUAUUGGAAGUGAUCCGGCGUUGUCAGCAGAAGGAGCGAGGGCCCGGCCGUGGGGAAGGUGCCCUGGACCUGGCGGAUGCGCAUUCUCCACCACCGUCGCCAGAAGGAAAGCUGAGCGCGCACACAGGCCCCAGUAAGAUACCAAGGUAUAAAGGACAAGGUAAGAAGAAGACAAGCGGGCAGAAGUCUGGUGCCAAGAAAGCCGGCAGCAAUGCUAGUCAGAGCGACACAAGCAUCUCCUCAUCAGAACCAAAGAGCAAAGGCAGCCUCAGCUCACUGGCCCAGGAAGCAAAACAGGGGCCUUUCUUAAGCAACAAAAGUCUGGAUGUCACAGACAAAGCUGGCCUUUGUCCGCACGAUGAUGACCUGGACGGAGAUUCUUUCUUUGACGAUCCCAUUCCCAAGCCCGAAAAAACCUACGGUUGGAGAAGUGACCCUGGGAAGCCAGGAGGGAGCCUCACCUCGCUCGCCGACGCCCCGUCCUUGAAGAGUGGUCUCGGCUCCCUACCGGGAGCCCCGUCCUUGAAAGACUCGGAAGGUAAAAGGGGAAACCCAGCUUUAAAAGAUCUGAAGGUGGUGAAUGAUAAAAUCGGAUCCCUUGGAUUAGGAGCUGGAGAAGACGAUGACUACGCCGAUGACUUCAAUAGCACCAGCCAUCGCUCGGAGAGAAGCGAGCUGAGCAUCGGCGAGGAGAUUGAGGAGGACCUGUCUGCGGAGCUGGACGACGCCAACACGAGCGACAAGCUCGAGGACCUGACGCAGGACCUGACCGUGUCGCAGCUCAGCGACGUGGCCGACUACCUGGAAGACGUGGCCUUCACCUGA